CGCCGCCGUCCAAGCAGCGCACUGGGGUUCCCAGGCUCGCCCCGCUCAGGGGCGUCCGAGAAGCCGGGGAAGCGCGCACCAUGAAGUCCGUGCUGUUCAGUCGCUUCUUCAUUCUCCUGCCCUGGAUCCUAAUCGUCAUUAUCAUGCUCGACGUGGACACGCGCAGGCCGGCGCCCCCGCUCACCCCGCGCCCCUACUUCUCUCCCUACGCAGUGGGCCGGCCACAGCCGCAGCCCGAGCCGCCGCUGCCCACGAUCUAUGCCAUCACGCCCACCUACAGCCGCCCUGUGCAGAAAGCGGAGCUGACCCGCCUGGCCAACACGUUCCGCCAGGUGGCGCAGCUGCACUGGAUCCUGGUGGAGGACGCGGCGGCGCGCAGCGAGCUGGUGAGCCGCUUCCUGGCGCGGGCCGGGCUGCCCAGCACGCACCUGCAUGUGCCCACGCCGCGGCGCUACAAGCGGCCCGGGCUACCGCGGGCCACCGAGCAGCGCAACGCCGGCCUCGCCUGGCUCAGCCAGAGGCACCAGCACCAGCGCGCACAGCCGGGCGUGCUCUUUUUCGCGGACGACGACAACACCUACAGUCUGGAGCUCUUCCAGGAGAUGCGAACCACGCGCAAAGUCUCUGUCUGGCCAGUGGGCCUGGUUGGUGGGCGGCGCUAUGAACGUCCGUUGGUGGAAAAUGGCAAGGUCGUUGGCUGGUACACCGGCUGGAGAGCCGACAGGCCCUUUGCCAUCGACAUGGCAGGAUUUGCUGUAAGUCUUCAAGUCAUCUUGUCUAACCCCAAAGCUGUAUUUAAGCGCCGUGGAUCCCAGCCAGGGAUGCAAGAAUCUGACUUUCUAAAACAAAUCACAACAGUCGAAGAACUGGAACCAAAAGCAAGUAACUGCACCAAGGUUCUCGUGUGGCACACUCGGACAGAAAAGGUUAAUCUAGCCAAUGAGCCAAAGUACCACCUGGACACGGUGAAAAUUGAGGUAUAAUUGAAGCAGUAACUGGUGCAGUGCGCCCUGCCAGUGAAUGUGGAAGAGGAUGUUUGGAGCUUAGGCUGCAAAGCCUUCAGGUAUUGUUCAUUUAACUUCAGUACAACAGCCUUUACCGUCAUCUGAAGGACAUCUGUUUAUACAGAGCUUGUCAGUUAGCAUAAGCUAACCGGAUGGUACAGAAUGAACGCCUUGUCUUCAUUUGUUCUGCAUGUAUUACCUACAACUAAAUUGGUAGAGGUUUGUACAGUAUGGUGAAAUGGCACUGCAAGAUACCAUUCUGUGUAUUUGAUAUACUCCCCUCACCCCCAGUUGGCCUUAUAAUUGGUAGAAGUGAACAGGUUUUA